AAGACCGCCUGAGGGACGGCGAGGCCGGUUCCCACCCGCGGCAGCCGCCGCGAUGGAGGCGCUGUGGCCGGGCCGAAACGGAGAGAGGAGUGGGGCUUCCUGAAAGUAAUACUCAUCUGUCUGCAUAGUGGAGAGAGCUUUCUGGGUAUAGAAAAGGUCCAUAAUGGUGGGAAUUCCGCUGAAUGUGACUCACUUCACACCUGGAUUGUCCCUUGUCCGCAGACUGAGACACCACCCAGUGCAGACCGAUAAGAAGCCCAGCCUGAGUUUGAGACUCCUGUAGUACAAUCUACAGAAUUUGCCACCUUUCCUAUUGAAUGUUGUUAUCUGUUAGAAAAAGUGAGUGUACUUAAAAAGAAGUUCCCCAGUGGUACAUUGUUUCAAACUUUAAUACUUUUUGUCAGCAGAAAAUAAAUGGAGAAGCAGGAAGACAAACCUGUCUUGUGUUUACUGAUGCGUGUCCAGAUUGCUUAUAGUAAUGAGCUAUUUUGCUGUAGAUAUGUGGAGUUAUUCAUACCUCUGUCUAUAAACGGAUGAUACUUUUCUUCAACACAAAAUUCUUUGCUUUUUUGCUCAGCUGAGGUUGAGCCUUAGACAGAUGUUAAAAAUGGUUUGUGUUUUAGGUCAAUCUGUUUGAAAUUCUGUUUUGUAACUUGAAAAAAUUGACCUGUAGUGACUGUUACAUAUUAAUUCUCAUCAGUAAUUUUUUUUCCCUAAUUCUGACAUAAUAAACUUCCGUAAUAUUGAUCAGAUCGUGUGUGAAUUUGUGCCCUGUGGUUACUGGACACUGGUUGGUGCGUACAGUGCUUCAGUUGGUAGGAGUGGGCCAAAAGUGAUGCUGUGAUUUACGCAUGGAGCCUGUGAUAUGUGAGCAGCUUCCAUAGCCUGGUCACAGUUACAGACCAAACCUUAAACCUGCAUCUGAUUUAUUAGAUUAUAGGGACUUGACAGCUGGGCCAGUUGCCAAAACUUUUGCAGUUAACAUUAGACUGCAAAGGCUGAACUUGAUGGAAGUAAAAUGUGCAUAUUCUCAAUCCUCAGGUCAACUGGCUUGUAGGAAAUAAGGUUUAAGGCUGAAUUUUCUAUUAUCUCCAUUAUCUCUGUGAUCUUGUGGCUGCAGCCGAAUUGCUGAGAAGUGGCAUGGUCUCAUUAGUGCUUUGAGAUACGAAAAAAACUUCUGUACUGAAGAAAAGGUUGCGUAUGCUGUAAUUUCCCCUCCAGCUGCUGUGUCACCUGUGGACUAGGUUGUCAAUUUCUCAAAGGAUUUCUUGUCUUAUUUGAUAAUUUGGGUUUAUUAGCAGGGAGAAUCAUCUGUCAUUUGUACAAAAAGUAUGAAUGGUGGGAUUUGUCUGUUGGUUUCAUUUUGGGUCACACUUCCUAUGGGUUCAAGCAUUGAGCUAGUGAUUUUUCUGGUGUUUUGGUUUUCAUAAUGGUUCAACAAGUUCCAGAAAACAUAAACUUUCCAAACGAGGAAGAGAAGAUACUGGAGCUAUGGAAAAAUCUUAAUUGUUUCCAGGAAUGCCUAAAGCAAUCAAAGAACAGACCUAGAUUUAAUUUCUACGAUGGGCCUCCAUUUGCGACUGGGCUUCCACACUACGGCCAUAUCCUUGCAGGAACCAUUAAAGACAUAGUGACCAGAUUUGCUCAUCAGAGUGGUUUUCAUGUUGACAGAAGAUUUGGCUGGGAUUGCCAUGGCUUACCUGUGGAAUAUGAGAUUGACAAGACCUUAGGCAUUAAAGGGCCAGAGGAUGUAGCAAAAAUGGGGAUUGAAGAAUACAACAAUCAGUGCAGAGGAAUUGUGAUGAGAUACUCAAAGGAAUGGGAGUUCAGUGUUACCAGAUUAGGACGCUGGAUUGACUUUGAAAAUGACUAUAAAACUCUUUAUCCCGAGUUCAUGGAGUCUGUUUGGUGGGUUUUCAAGCAACUGUAUGACAAAGGACUGGUGUAUAGAGGUGUUAAGGUCAUGCCUUUUUCAACUGCAUGCAACACCCCACUGUCAAACUUUGAGUCCCAUCAGAAUUACAAGGAUGUUCAAGAUCCUGCAGUGACUGUGAGCUUCCCACUGGAUGAAGAUACAAAUGUUUCUCUUGUUGCUUGGACCACUACUCCUUGGACCUUGCCUAGUAACUUGGCCCUUUGCGUUAAUCCGGAAUUGCAAUAUGUUAAGUUGAGAGAUAGUGCCACGGGAAAGAUCUACAUUUUGAUGGAAUCCAGGCUGAUAGCACUGUACAAAUCUGACAGUGAAUAUGAGGUACUUGACAGGUUUCCUGGCAUUGCUCUUAAAGGCAAGAAAUAUAAACCACUCUUUGAGUAUUUUAUUCAGUACAAAGAUAAAGGUGCCUUUGCUGUGGUGGUAGACAGUUAUGUGAAGGAGGAGGAAGGCACAGGUGUUGUACAUCAGGCCCCCUAUUUUGGUGCUGAUGAUUACAGAGUCUGCAUGGAUUUUAAUAUCAUCCAGAAAGAUUCUGUGCCCAUUUGUCCUGUUGAUGCAUCAGGCUGCUUCACAGCAGAAGUGACUGACUUUGCUGGACAGUAUGUGAAGGAUGCAGAUAAGAACAUCAUUAAAUUACUGAAAGAGAAAGGCAGACUGGUUCACAGCAGUAGUUUUAAGCACAGCUAUCCUUUCUGCUGGAGGUCAGAUACUCCCUUGAUAUACAAAGCUGUGCCAAGCUGGUUUGUAAGAGUGGAGCACAUGGUGGAGAAACUACUGGAGAAUAAUGCCCAGUGCUACUGGGUUCCAGAUUUUGUGAGGGAGAAGCGUUUUGGGAACUGGCUUAAAGACGCACGAGAUUGGGCUAUAUCUAGGAACCGGUACUGGGGAACACCCAUCCCUCUGUGGGUCAGUGAUGAUUUUGAGGAGGUAGUUUGUGUUGGUUCAGUGGCAGAAUUGGAAGAGCUAUCUGGAGUGAAAGUCACUGACCUCCAUCGAGAAAGUAUUGAUCACCUAACAAUCCCGUCACACUGUGGCAAGGGCUUACUGCACCGCGUCCCUGAAGUUUUUGAUUGCUGGUUUGAGAGUGGAAGCAUGCCUUAUGCACAAGUCCAUUAUCCAUUUGAAAACAAAAAAGAACUUGAAGAUGCUUUCCCUGCUGACUUCAUUGCUGAAGGCAUUGACCAAACCCGAGGAUGGUUCUACACGUUGCUGGUGCUGUCCACUGCUCUUUUUGGAAGGCCUCCUUUCAAGAAUGUAAUUGUGAAUGGCCUUGUUCUUGCCAGUGAUGGCCAAAAAAUGAGCAAAAGGAAGAAGAAUUACCCAGAUCCAAUGAGUAUUGUAAAUAGUUAUGGAGCUGAUGCACUAAGGUUAUACCUGAUCAAUUCUCCUGUGGUAAGAGCAGAAAACUUGAGAUUUAAAGAGGAAGGAGUAAGGGAUAUACUGAAGGAUGUCUUCCUGCCCUGGUACAAUGCAUAUCGCUUUCUUGUUCAGAAUGUUCAGAUCCUGCAACAUAAGGAUGAGGGACGAGAAUUCCUUUACAAUGAGAAUACAGUUAAGGAGAGCAAUAACAUCAUGGAUAAAUGGAUUCUUUCUUUCACCCAAUCACUCAUUCAGUUCUUCAAAGCUGAAAUGGCAGCUUACCGGCUGUACACUGUAGUCCCUCGAUUAGUGAAGUUUGUUGAUAUUCUGACCAACUGGUAUGUUAGAAUGAAUCGCAGAAGACUAAAGGGCGAGAAUGGGACUGAAGACUGCAUUAUGGCCUUGGAAACCUUGUUUAGUGUGUUGUUCUCCAUGUGCAGACUUAUGGCACCGUAUACUCCAUUUAUCACUGAGCUGAUGUACCAGAAUCUGAAGACACUUAUUGAUCCAGCCUCAGUUCAGGAAAAGAAUACUGAAAGCAUCCACUACCUCAUGCUUCCCCAAGUGAGGGAGGAUCUCAUCGACAAAAAAAUUGAAAGUGCCGUUUCUUGUUUGCAGUCUGUUAUUGAGCUUGGACGAGUAAUCAGGGACAGAAAGACCAUUCCAGUAAAGUAUCCUUUGAAAGAAGUAGUUGUUAUCCAUCAAGAUCCAGAGGCUCUGGAAAGCAUCAGAUCUUUAGAGAAGUACGUACUUGAGGAACUUAAUGUACGUCAAGUGACACUAUCUACUAAUAAAGAGAAAUACGGAGUCCGGCUCAGAGCAGAACCAGAUCACAUGGUGCUUGGGAAGCGCUUGAAAGGUGCAUUUAAGCUUGUCAUGGCUGCAAUCAAAGAGCUGAAGAGCGAGCAGCUGGAGGAAUUCCAGGAGGCAGGCACCAUUGUUGUAGAAGGACAUGAACUCCACGGGGAAGAUCUUCGUCUCAUGUAUCAGGUUGCAGGAGGAUCUGCACAGUUUGAGGCACAUUCUGAUGCUCAGGUUUUAGUUCUGCUAGAUGUUACCCCAGACCAGUCCAUGGUGGAUGAAGGAGUUGCACGGGAAGUGAUUAAUCGCAUCCAGAAGCUUCGCAAAAAGCGAAAUCUGGUUCCUACAGAUGAGAUUACAGUGUACUACAGGGCACAUCCAGAAGGUGACUACCUGGAUACUGUUAUUAAGGAACAUACAGAUUUCAUUUUUGCAACAAUAAAGGCUGCCCUGAAGCCUUACCCGGUGCCUACCUCAAAAGAAGUUCUUAUCCAGGAAACAACCCAACUGAAGGGAUCAGAGCUAGAAAUUACACUUGUCAGAGGUGGUUUGUGUCAGGAUGUUGGUCCAGCCUGUGCCUACGUCAACCUCAAAGUUUGUGUUAAUGGGACAGAACAAGAUGGUGUGUUGCUGCUGGAAAAUCCAAAAGGAGAUAAUACCUUGAACUUCACCGGGCUUGUAGAUGCUGUCUCCUGCAUUUUUGGUCUUAAAAAUUCAAAACUGACAGUUUUUAAUGGAAAAACAGAACUGCUAAACAAAACUGACUUGCUGAGUCUCAGCGGAAAGACUCUGCAUGUGACAGCAGGGGCAGCGCCUGCCCUGCCCAGCUCUGCCGAGGCUCUCCUCUGCCAGUACAUCAACUUGCAGCUAGUGAAUGCAAAGCCACAAGAAUGUCAGAAAGGAACAGUGGGAACUCUUCUAAUGGAAAACCCUGUUGGGAAGAAUGGAUUGACAUACCAAGGUCUCUUACAUGAAACAGCAAAAGUCUUUGGGCUCAGAAGCAGGAGGCUAAAAUUGUUCCUGGAUGAAGCGCAAACUCAGGAGAUCACAAAGGACAUCUCCAUGAAGAACUUGAACACGAAGACCGUGUAUGUUCAUGUUAUACCCACCACAGCUGAAUGUUGAGAAUUCCGGUUUUAUGAAUAAGACCCUGUAGACUUUUUUCCCACAAAAACUGAAGGCAAAUUAAAUGAGUAGACUUUUAGAUGAACAUCCGAGUUGUGUAUGGUACUUUCAACAUCUCAAGUUGCACACAGGAUGUUUUCUACCAGUGCAUGUCUAAUAUGCUGCUCUUUGGGUUCAAAUACAAUGUAUUUUCAUUAUGUUAUCUUAUGAUACUGUAAAAGCUGUUCAGAAAAAUGUCAGAACUACUUAACCUUAGAUAUCUAUGCAGUAAUUUGCCUGAAAGAAAUGGGACUAGUACCUCAGCGAUGCUGUUCUCUGCCUGUCCUUUAUGCAGAGGGCAUCUUUGCUUUUCUAAACCAUGGGUUACCUACAAGGCUCUACGAUAUAUAUAUAUCUCCCUCAUGUGACAAUAGCUUUGAAACUUAUUUAAGGGUUACCCUUUUUUGUUCAUUCAUACUAGCUGGAUUUUCAUGAAGUGUGUGGCUGUUGGUUUAAAAUACUUCCUAAUUUCAACACCUGAAACAAUAAAUUUGCUUCAUCUCCAAA